CGCAUGCGCCUCCGGUCGCCCCAGAGAUCUGAACCCGCAGGGGUCUCGGGGCUCACGCGUGGCCGCCCAGCAUCGCGCACCCCUCCGGCACUGCAGGGAUGGGCGAGCCCCCCCCGGACGACCUGCAGGGCCUCUCGGACACCUGCCUCACCGUGGCCGGAGUGGCCUGGCCGCUGUCGGACAUCCUCGGAGCCUCCAUCGCGCCCUCCGGCGCGGGGGGCGUGGGCGCGGUCGAGGUGGCGCGCUUCGCGAAGGUCGGCCGAGCGCUCCUGGACGGGCCGGUGGCCCCAGCCUCGGGGGUCCGCAGACCCGCGACCCCGGGAGCUCACGAGGCACGUCCUGCGCGCGGGCUCCGCGGAGGCCGCCGCCGACUGGGCCCGCAGGAUCAACGACGCCGCGCGCACGGGCGGGCGCCAGCGGGAGGCGUCGGGGGGCAGGCCCAGGCGGCUGCUGUGCGUGGUGAACCCGCGGGCCGGGAGGGGCCGCGGCGUGGACUUCCGCUCGGAGGCGGCCCCGGUGCUGGAGGCCGCUGGGGUGCAGUUCACCCUGCAGGAGACGCGCGCUGCGGGCGAGGCGACCACCAUUGCACGGGAGGCGGACCUGGGCGAGGUCGACGGGAUCGUCGUGUGUGGCGGGGACGGCACGUUCCACGAGGUCGUGUCUGGGCUGGUCGCCCGCCCAGACGCGAAGGACGUGUGCUCCAGGCUGCCCCUAUCACACGUCCCAGCCGGCUCUGGGAACGCCAUCGCCUUCAACGUCGCGGCGGCCUGCGACGAGUCGGCGUGCGCCUCGUCGGCCGCCUACAUCGCCGUGAAGGGGAGCCCGAAGCCGAUGGAUGCCGGCUGCGCCUGGGACCGCCGCGGCGUGCCACAGCCGCUGGUCCUCAUGGUCGAAUGGGCGCUCAUCGCAGACAUCGACUUCGAGUCGGAGUGGAUGCGGGGCUGCUGCGGGGGCCUCCGCUUCCAGCUCGAGGCCGUGAAGCAGAUCAUCUGCCUCCGCCGCUACGGCGCGCAGCUGGACUACCUGCCGGAGGACGCCGAGCGCGAUGCAGGCUUCGCGAGGAGCGCGCCCGACGAGUUCUUCGGGAUCUUCGCCCCGACGAGCGCCGACGUGGCUGGGCCGCCCCGCUCCUCGCUGCUUCCUCCAGCCUCCGCCUUCGCCGAGGCGCCGCCAGAGGGCUGGUCGCGCUUGGAAGGCAACUUCAACCUGUGCGUGGGCAUGCUGGCAACGUGGAUUGACGCCGGCAGCACCCCCAUGGCCCCGGACCACCGGAUGGGCGGCGGCGCGAUGACGCUGAUACACUCGCUCGAGCUCUCGCGUUGGGAGGUGAUGUCAGGAUUCCUUGCCAUCGACAAUGCCAGGCACUUGGAGGACGGGCGUGUCAGGGCGUCGCGCGUCAGGGCGCUCAGGCUGAAGCCAGAUGCUGCCGCUCCAGCGGCUAUCGGAGUCGAUGGAGAGAUGGUCACACCAGCUGGCGAGGAUCGACUGCUGGAGGUGGUGGUCUACCCGGCAGUGCUGCGGCUGUGCCUGCUCUGAGAGUUUCAGAGCAGGGCCCAACCGAGCGUUGAGAUCGCGCGCUGCACUUCACAUUGAGGCACGCUCGCCAGCUGAUGGGGGCUGUCGAAGCUCUCAUUGUCGGCGGGGGUCACGUACACAGUGAGCGACUACCUGGCAAUCUUCCCCGUCUGUGCUCAGGACCCCCGCUCAUCCUGCAGCGUGGCCAGUGUUCUGGCACGCGCUGGCCGUGUCUUUCGGCCCCACUUCGUUCUCUCAAGACCGUAGCCGCGACCACGACGACGACGCCGACGACGCCGACGACGCGCCGACGCCGACGACGGCGCCGAGUUCCGGGGCCGCUCCCAGGGUCCCGCCUGGCCAGUUUUUCCAGCUGCGUCCGCACCAGGGACUUCCUUCUUGGCCAUGUUCGGCAGCUGCUCCGCGGGCCUGGCGGGCCCUCGCCAGGCCCUGGGGCCGUCCAUCGACUCGGGAUCAAGACCCGCGUCCCGGGGAAGGGGUCGAGGCCUGCAGGGGUCCGCGUCGCGGGAACAUCGCGACGCCGCGGUGGCCUGGGCCCGGGCUCCCGGACAAGCAGCCAAGAGUUAGACGCGAGUCGACCCCUGGAGGGGGCAGAGGUCUUGGAACCCCGCGCGCUGGGAAC